AUGGAUAUUUCUCCGAUCGAGGAUCUUAAAAUCACACCCGACGUUGUGCAACUCUAUCCGGAUCCUUCGGUUGGUCGAGAAGCGGUAAUCGUGAUCGAUAAUGGUUCCUACAACUGCCGUGCCGGGUGGAUGUUAAAGGACCGACCGGCACUGACUUUCCGUAAUCUGCUCGCGAAACCACGCAAAGAUCGCAACAAGAAAGACGUUGAGCCAACCGUUGUUCCAGUUACGCAGAUAGGAAACGAUAUUGUUAACAUCGAAGCCAUGCGCUUGCAACUACGCACGCAAUUUGAUCGAAAUGUUGUUACGCAUUAUAAUGUACAGGAACAGAUUCUGGACUACAUCUUCGCGAAGCUCGGCAUUAGCUCGGAAAACGCCGUGCAGCACCGGGUCAUGAUGACGGAGUGUAUGUUCAAUCCCAACUAUUGCCGCAGCUUGAUGUCGGAGCUGCUGUUCGAGUGCUAUGACAUUCCAGGGCUGGCGUUCGGAGUAGACUGCUUGUUCAGCUACAACGUAAACCAGGGGGCAAAACAUGGGCUGAUCAUCGCCACCGGGUACCACACUACGCACGUUGUUCCGAUAAUGGACGGCCGGAUGGUGGUUGAGAACAUACGGCGUGUCAACAUUGGUGGUUCGCAUAUGAUCUCGUUUCUGCACCGCUGUUUGCAGUUAAAGUACACGUUUCACAUGACCGCUAUCACGCUAAGUCGAUCCGAGAUGCUGCUGCACCGAUACGGCGAGUUUGCGUACGAUUAUAUGGAAGAACUACGAAACUGGGCCAACGUGGAGUAUUACGAGCAGAAUGUGAAGAAAAUUCAGCUUCCUUACAACCAGACGGUGACCGCGCCGGCGCUAACGACCGAGCAGAAGGUGGAAAAGAAAAAGGAACUUUCCAGACGCCUGGCAGAGAUUAACGCUCGUCGCCGGGAGGAAAAGUUAGCACAGGACGAGGAACUGCUGGCGCAGCUACAGCAGCUUGAGGAGGCCGCCGAGGAUGGGGAUGAUAUCCGUGAUGGACUUGCGGAGCACAGCUUGAAAGAUUUGAGCGAACUUAAGCGUGCAAUCGGUGCGGUUGUGUCGCGUAUUGAUAAAGCCCGACUUAAGAUUAAUACACCGAUUGCGGGUGGCUCUCAGCCACAACCGGAUGCCGAAAAGCUGCUGCAACCACCAUCUAGCAUGACGAUCGAUGAGUGGGUCGAAGAAACGCGUCGCAAAAGGGAAACGAUCCUUGAGAAGCGUAACGCCCGCAAGCAGCGCAAACAGGAUCUGGCCAAGCGGCGCACGGCAGCAGCACAAGAAAGGAUGCGCAUCAUUUCGCACCUUGCGCGCAAAGAGAAAGGAAGUGACGAUUUUGGAAUGCGGGACGAGGAUUGGGACGUCUAUAAGCAGAUCAGUCGCGACGCUGACAGCGACAUCGAACAGGAGAACGAACGGCUGCUGGAGUGCGAAAUCAUCCUCAAGCAGUACGAUGCAAAUGCAACGUACGAAGACCCACUGCUGAUGGCCGGCAGUGCUGCCGAACUAUACCAAAUUCAUCUCGGUGUCGAGUGCAUUCGGGCUCCGGAGGUACUGUUUCAGCCCAGCAUCAUCGGAAGCUUCGAGGCGGGUCUGGCCGAAACGGUCGACUUCGUGUUGAAGCUGUUUCCGCCGGAAAGAAGAAAUGAUCUGGUCGAAAAUGUGUUUCUCACCGGAGGCUGCGCGAACAUUCGUGGCCUAAAGGAGCGCCUGGAGCGUGAACUGCGUGAAAUGCUGCCAUUUCAGGCGCGGUUUGAGGUCGUUUUCGCUCGUGACCCGCUACUGGACGGAUGGAAUGGAGCGAGUAAGUUUUGCCUAACCGAAACCUUCCGGCAUUCGUUGAUCACCCGCCAACUGUACGAGGAGUGUGGUGGCGAGUACCUGAAGGAGCAUCUGAACAGUAACGUUUACUUUCCGACUCCAAACAUGGCGCCGGGAACGGUCGGUCUAGCGCCAGGAAGUUUGAUGGGAUGA